UUUGGAAAGCAAUAAAAAUUAAUUUUAAAAAUUUUUGAAGCCAGAAAAAGCCUAAACUACUUGAUAUUCUGUCGGUUCCCUUCGCUCUACUUGAAUGUUCCCUUCGCAUACCCCUAAACUUGAAAUUUACUCUAUCUUUUAUUUACCAACAAUUUCAAUUUUAAAAAUCUAUUUAACUUAAGAAAAAAAAUUAUUUUUUUUAAAUUUAAAUGAGUAAUAUAAGCACAACUACAAAACCUUCCCAGUUGGAUGCUCAACAUCAAAAUAAUAAUAAUAAUUUAACUUCUCCCUUAUCUCCUUCAUUAAUGUUUACACAAGGCAAUAAUAAUGGACAAUCUGUGAAAGCAAAUAUGUCUUCCGGCUCUUCACCCCUAGAAACGACGGCAACUUGUUCUACUGGUAAUAGUACCUUACAUAGUGGGUUUUUAUGUCAAAAUGCUUCGAAAAAAAUUAUUAAAUCAAAAAGUUUUGUGUUCCCUUCACCCUACUACGUGAUUGUUCCCUUCACCCUACUACGUGAGUGUUCCCUUCACCCUACUACGUGA